GUCAGUCUCCUGUUUGCUGCUGCUGUUGCCGCCGCUGCUCAGAUUCUAUGCGAGCACAAUGAAAUCCUGUGUAUCUGCAACCCCCGCGCCGUGCAGUCGUAGCAGCCUGGCGGCUUAAAGCACGAGACAAGCGAAGGAAAAGGGGGAGAGGGGGGGAACACUGCAAGCUUUCUGCUCUGUUCUUAAACCGGCAAGUGCAGAGGGCAGGGCGGCAGCAGCAGCGACCACCACCGUCCAGCGCGCUUUGGAGAGACAUUGCAACUGCAACAAAAACUCACCAGUUCCCAAGUCUGGGAAGGGAUGGAAUAUACAAAUUGACCGAGGAAUCUCGCUGCAUCGGACGGGUCUGGAGGCGGAGAGCUGGAAGUUUGUAAGUUUCGAGCUGGUUUGUGAAUUAGCUGAUCGUCGGGAGUCGUGAUUUCUGCUUUUACUCCCACCAACUCUUCCCCCCCACCCGCCUCCUCUCUCUCUCUCUCUCCCCCGCCGCGUUCCUGGGUGCUUUGCUCAGCUUUUCUGGAAGUAGACAAAAAGGAGCACGAGGAUGCGGGGAGGGCUUUUUGCAUCGAGAUCCGAGCUGGCUUUUUCCCGUGGCACGGGAGCGAGGGACACUUAAGGAUCGCCCACCCUUCGGAGAAACCAUCUGCCCGUCCGCGUCUCCCAAGCAUGGGUUGGAUUCAUUGGAGAACCGCGUCUGAACUUAAUGACACCGGGAACCAGUAAGCCGUCUUGCUUUUCCUUUGACUUAAAAGGAGAUACUCUUUGAGGGGGGGGGCUGUGCAAAAACAACAACAACCGGAUUUUAAAAGACAGAGGUAGGCGAAAGAGAAAGCAACAAAUAUUAAAACUCUCCGGGAUCGCUUCUCUCAUCCCUCCGGCAUCCAGCCAACGCGCCCCAUUCCGAUCGCUGCUCUUGCGAGCAACUUCAGGGAACCUCGUGUCACCCGUCCACACGACCCUUCCUCCACGCUCGCGCUCACUUUCGCGCGUCCCUUUCUUUUUUGCGCUCAAGAGAAGGGCGUGUGUGUCUUUCCAUACCUUUUUGCCAACUGGCUUCUUCUCCCCUUCCCCCCCCCCAAAAAAAGCACGCUACCCAGCUUAUUUAUUAUUACAAAUUCUCCCUAAAAUGCAUUGCUGUAAAAACUUUGCUGCGAUGCUUUUCAGCAAGCCUUAAUCAGACCUCGUGGUGGAGGAUUUUUUAUUUUUUUUAAAAGGAAAGGGGGAGGAAAAAUAACCCCUAUCAGUGGUUUGCACCGCGAUUUAAAUGGCUGUAGCUUGCAAGUCUGCAGCCGCCCCUGCUGGCCAGCUUCGCCCCCCGCUGCUGAAGUCUGUUGCUUUGCUCGGGAAACCUGCAAAAAGGAUGGCGCUGGCGGCGACUUUGUAAAGAGCCCGCUGGACUAAAAUCGGGCAAGCGAUCUGCCCCGGUUUGCAGGAGAGAGGAGCGCAAGAUUCGCAGCCGUUCCGGAGAGAGGAGCCGGUUUCUGGUUCGCGUGAGAGUGGAUCAGCAAGCCCUUUGCAAAAGAGCAGGGGCCUGAGGCUGCGGGGAUGGGGGACACGGCUCCCCCCCAAGCCCCGGGUCUCCUGGGAGGCGGCGGCGGCGGCUCGGUGGCGGCGCCGCGGGUGCACAGCGCGAUCGUGGAGCGGCUGCGGGCGCGCAUCGCCAUCUGCCGCCAGCACCACCUGAGCUGCGAGGGGCGCUACGAGCGGGGCCGGGCGGAGAGCUCGAGCCGCGAGCGGGAGAGCACCUUGCAACUCCUCAACCUGGUGCAGCACGGCCAGGCGGCCAGGAAAGGAGGGAAGCACAGCAAGGCAGCAGCGGCCAAUGGUCACAGCGGAGGAGGCGGCAGCAUCGCGGCUUCGGCUCCUUCUGCGAACGCUGCAGCGCCCCCUCCGGCGGACUACUAUCGCCAGCAGCUGAUCAGCAACGGGACGACUGGUGGCAGAAGUGGGAUCAACGGAGAGCAGCCCGGAUCGGCCUCUGGAGGGGAGCAGAGGAACCCCGCGCUCAUUGCGCUCCAAGGUUCCUUGAAGAGAAAACUGGUGGUGAAUCUGUCGCCGGCCAUUAACAAGAGGUCCAAUGGCAUUGCCGACUGCACCUUCCUUGAUAUUAAGAGGAUCCGAGUGGGCGAUAAUAACCUUUCCGUGGGGCAAGGUGGACACUGUGGCAACAAUUGCCCCAACCAGCCGGUGUUGGGAACCUUGACGGCUGAACAAGGCGCUCAGAGGAAAGUCAGCAGCCCAACCGGCAACACCCACUCGAACGCAAACGGGAUGUUCAACAUGACUCUAAAGGAAGUCAAGAAAGAGCCCGGUGAAACCAGCUCUUGCAGUAAGCACCUGGAUGGGCUGGGCUCCCAGGGCAAUCCUUUUCCCAUGCGAUACGGAGAAGACGCAGGGGAACAGUUGAUGGACCCGGAACUUCAGGAGCUGUUCAAUGAGCUGACAAAUAUUUCGGUGCCGCCCAUGAGCGACCUUGAGCUGGAAAACAUGAUCAACGCCACCAUCAAUAAAGACGAGCCCUUUAGCAUCGACCUCGGGCAGCAGGUCCAGAGAGCGCCCUCGGCCAGGUCUUCCUCCUUGCAGAUGGACAAGAUGGUGAUCAAGCAAGAGUACUCGCCAGGUCUGAACCAGGCUUCCGUGGGGUCUCCCCAGAUGAGGCCUUCUUCCACGGGCCCAGCUUACACGAUGUCCGGGGCCGCUAUGUCCGCCUCAUCGCCGAUUCCUUCAGCACCUCAGACUCAGACUCCUCCAUCUCAAGGGUCUUCAGUUCCCAACCGGCCCUUGGCCAGCUGGCAGGAGGUCUCCCACGCCCAACAGUUGAAGCAGAUCGCGGCCAACCGACAGCAACAUGCCCUUAUUCAGCAGUGCCAGCAAAGCCAGCCGCCGUCCCCCUGGCCCGCUUUGACGUCUGCCGAGCCUUCUCCCGGGUCCUUCAGCCAGGAGAAGAUCUCCAGCACUCCUUUCCACCAGCAGCAGUUCAGCCCUCAAAGCUCCGGAAUCCCUGGGAAUGGGAACCAGCCGAAAGGGAUAAAUAACUACCUUUACCGGCCAAGCGCCAUGCCCCAGGGCAAUCCCAUGAACAUGAUGAUGCAGCGAAAGCCUCAGGACCUCAACAGGGGUUAUAUAAGCAGCGGCCAGAUGUCUCUGGAGGAGCCUCAGAACAACAUCAAGCCUUUGUUUCAUUUCAACUCGGAGCAAGCCAGCCAGCAGAUGCCUUCCGUUUUGGGUUCCCAAAACAAGCCUUCCAUUCUGCACUAUGCACAGCAGCAGCAGCAGCCUAACUCUGCCUCGGUGCAACAACAGAACCAGCAGCAGCAGACACGGCCACCCCAGCCUCUCCCAAGCCAGCCUCUGCAGAGGCCACCGAACAUACCCUUAGCUUUGCAGCAGAAGAUCCUGCUGCAGAAAAUGCUGCAAGGCCAGCCGGUUUCGGGGCUUCAGUAUCCUGUCCCGCCUCAGCACCAGCUGGAUCAACACUCCGUGCUGAGCCAAAGCGCAGGCCCCAAUCCAACGUCAAACGCUUGCACGAAUCCAAAUGCUGCGAGCGGCUACAUGAACUCACCUCAGCAAGCUCUGCUGAAUCAGCAGCUGAAGCAACAACUCCUUUUGCAGCACCAGCAACAGCAGCAACAAAAGAUACUAACUGAAGCGGAGAAAAUGACUCCGCAAGAUCAGCUGAACCGGCACUCGACAAGGCCCCCGCCAGAUUAUAAAGACCAAAGAAGGAACCAGGUCAACAUGCAGCAAACGCAUCAAUAUUCAGGUGGAUCGCCAGCCGUGAGCGCCAGCUCCAACCUCUGCUUUUCCAACUCCAUUUCAACUCCCAGCCUCUCGCCGCAGGCGUCCGGUCUUUUGACCACCACUCACGGAGCCAGAAUGCCUUCUCUCCCGACGACACGCCACAUGGUCUGCUACGGGAACCUUCCUUGCAGCCAACCGAGCGCGUACAGCGUGGCUGCAUCGGGUGCGAGCCAAGUGUCGCAGCACAGGAACCCGAACCAAAUGAUCCCCAGCCAGCAAAGCAGUUCCACAGCAUCGCGGCAAGGGCCUCCGGGGCAAGGCAGUAAUAAUAGCCUGUCGGCGUAUGACGGCGGGCCCGGGAUCAGCUCUCAGCAAGGCAAACUCAGCUUGAACCAAGGGACUUCUUCUGCACCAAGGCCUCUGAACGUCAUGGUCAACUCCAAUUCAGCAACUCAGACCUGGGCCUCACAAGAAACAGGAGCGAAGCAGCAGGAAACACGCAAGGCCGUGGGGUCCCCUUUCCCCACGGGCAGCCCCUAUACAAACCAGCCACUGCAGCGCACACCUGCCCACCAGCAGUUUCCCCAGCGCACCAUGGGGCCUGCUCCUAACCAGCUGGCCGCCCCCCAGAUGAGAACACCAACGAGCCAAAUGAACCAAACUCUAAAUGGGCAAGCGGCUGGGGCGCCAAAAUCCCUGGGGGCAAGGCCUGGCCAGGUACGGGCUCAGACAGUGCCACACUUAAAUGCACCGGGGGUGAGCAUGGCAGCGCCAAACUCCUUGCCGUCCAACCAUUUCCCAUCUAGUAGUAGCCAGGCUUCUGCCAGGGCCUACCAGGGAACCACCGACCACACCAGCGACCUGGCGUUUGACUUUCUGAACCAGCAAGGCGACAGCAUUGGACCAGCCCUCAACAGCGACCCGGACUUCAUCGAUUCUUUGUUAAAGACAGAGCCGGGUAACGACGACUGGAUGAAGGACAUCAACCUUGAUGAAAUCCUAGGUGGCCACUCCUGAGGCCGAGCAGCAGGCGGUUGCAAACUCACGGAGCGGGUGGCGGCAGCAGUGGUGUUUGUUUUUUUAAGGCCCGAAAGCCAGGAUUGCACUCCACAAAGUUUUUCAGAGGGAACGUGUCUUUGGAGUGUUUUCAAGACAACCAAACUUUGCUCUCCCGGUGGUUGAAGGGGUUCCUCGUGGUCCGCAAUGAGGAGCAAAAUCAAAGAGGUGUCUCCGCCCGUUCAAAAUGCGUAGGCCGAUCUUCGUACCUAGAAAGCUAAACAAGAGCACAGGAGGAGACGUUGGUUGCUUGUCCUACUCUUCUGUAGGCUACAGCUUGUGUAGGUGUUCGCUUGGGCGUGCAGACACGCAACCACAAAUCUUGAACAGAGAAGAAAAGGUAUACCCCAGAUAAUGUCCAGCCUGAGACUGCUGAGUUAAUUUAUCAGGAGCAGUUGUGAGGAAUCAGGAAAGUGCAUUGAUCAAGUGCAUACUUUUUAUAGAGAGGGUCACAGCUUUUAUUCCUGACACUGCCAGGUAAGGUCAGAAUGACCUGCCUGAAACCCUGGAAGGCCACAGAUUGCCUGUGUAGACAAAGGCAAUACCUUGGUUUUCAAACAGUUUAGUUCCCGAACAUUUUGACUCCCGUGCAUCGCAAACCCGGAAGUGACUGUUCCGGUUUUUCGAACUAUUUUUGGAAGCUUACUGCAGCCAAUCAGAAGCCGC